AUGAUUAACCGGCCGCGCGGCCCACACCAGGAAACCCGAGCCGCCCGCGACAGCGGAGCCGGGCCCGACGGCGGCGGCGGGAGGCGCCGGGCGCGGGAGGCGUGCAGCCCGGCUGGUCGCGCCAUGGACGCAGGAGCGGACGGGAAAGGCGGCGGCAGCCCCGCAGCCCCCGAGGACCCCGGGAGCCCCGCGCGCCCCGAGCUCCCGCAGCUCCCGCGCCGCCCGCAGCUCCUGGAGGAGGACGCAGGGCCCAGCCAGGAAGCGGCCGCGGACGGAGGCAGCGCCCCGGCGCCGGAGGGCCCCCCGGGCGACCCCCCGGCAGAGGCCUCCGCGGCGCCCCCCGCCCAGGCCGCGGGCGAGGCCCGGCAGGCGCCCAAGGCGGCGGCCGGCGGGGUCCCCAACAUCGGCUUCGUGGGCGAGCCCCCGCCCUACGCGCCGCCCGACCCCAAGGCCGGGCACCUGCUCUACCCGCCGCCCUUCCCGCAACCCGUGCUCUUCCCGCCCGCGCCCGCCGCCUCCGCCCUGUACCCGCCGCCCGCGCCGCUCUUCCCCGCGCCCGCUGCGCAGCCGCUUUUUGCGCCCUUCCCGGUGUACAGCAGCCCCGUAGCCGGCGUGCCCGCCCCGGCCACGGUGGAGCACAGGCCCCUGCCCAAGGACUACAUGAUGGAGUCCGUGCUGGUAACCCUCUUCUGCUGCCUGCUCACCGGACUCAUUGCCAUCGUCUACUCCCACGAGACGCGCGCGGCCCUGGGCAGGGGAGACCUGGCCCAGGCUGAGGAGGCCUCGCGCAAAGCCCGCUCGCUCGUGCUCUUCAGCCUGCUCUUUGGGGUCUUCGUUUCCACCAGCUGGGUCAUCUACGUGGUGGUAGCGCUCUACCUGCCCUGAGGGGAU